AUAAAGACAACGGUCCGCCCUGCUUGGGAUGCCUCAUUAGAAGCGGCGUUAAGUUCAACUCUGAGAACCAACUCGUACUUGCUUGUUGCAUAGUUCCUACCGGUAUUGAGCUCGAGGGACUUCAAAUCAGCUUGAGGCCCACACACUUUACAAACCACAUCUCCACAACAGCAUCCUAGCACCGCAAGCUCGAGAACCCUUACAACCUCAAUAGUUCCACAACCGUCAAGAUGCCAUGGUACCAUGUAGCAGAGCCGAACUCCUACCUCGUUGUCACCGGUGUAGGAAUCGAGAAGGUCAAGAUCCAGAAGAAGGCGUUCGUCUAUCCCUUCCAGAAGGUCUCCAAGAUUAGCAUCACACCGUUCGACUUCUCCAUGUCGUUGCAAGCCAUGACCAUCGAGAAACUCAAAUUUUCUCUACCAGCAGUCUUCACCAUCGGUCCCGCUGAUGACAUGCUCUCGCUUGAAAAGUACGCUGUUCUCCUGACAGGCGAGUCUGACGGACGGCCGACCGCAGGAGCGAACAAGGGCACAGUCACUGUCGCUGGAAGUGACGGCCGCAACCAUGUCCAAGACAUUGUCAAGGGCAUCAUUGAAGGCGAGACCCGAAGUAUCGUCUCCACCAUGACGAUGGAAGAGCUGUUCCGCGAGCGCAAAGUCUUCAAAGACAAAGUCAUCCAGUCCGUGCAAAGCGAACUCGAUCAGUUCGGUCUCUGCAUCUACAAUGCCAACGUCAAAGAGCUCCAGGACACACCUGGCAGCGAGUACUUCGCCGUUCUCUCGCGCAAGGCCCACGAGGGUGCCCUCAACCAGGCCAAGGUCGACGUUGCAGAUGCUCGCAUGAAGGGCGAGGUUGGUGAGGCCGAGAAGCAAGGCAAGACCAAGCAAGAAGUCGCCAAGAUCCACGCCGCCACCGCAGUCCUUGAAACCGAACGCAAAGCCGAGAAGGCCACUGCAGAUGCCAAACUCACAAACAAGGAGAUCCAGAUCGGCAAUGAAUUGAAUCUCGCCCGCAUCAAUGCCAAGCGCGAAGCCGAGCAGCGCGAUGCUGAGCUGCAGACUGAAGUCGAGAAGAAGCGCGCCCUUAUGACUCUAGAGCAAAUGCGAGCCACCAAAGUAGUUAACGCUAGGAUCGAAAAGGAAUCCUCACAGCAGAAAGCCGACGCUGAGCUCUACGCACAGCAGCGUGCAGCAGAAGGCUUGAAGUUCUCGGAGCAAGCCGAAGCCGAAGCAGCCGCCUAUCGUCGCCUGCAAGACGCAGACGCGGAUUUUAAGGCCAAAGAGCGCGAGGCAGAGGCCAACUUCCACGUCGAGAAGCGGAAGGCAGAGGCCGAAUACUUCCGCCGCGAGCGCGAAGCGCACGCAAACCUCAUCUCGCAACAGCGCGAGGCCGAAGGUCUGUUGGCCAUGGCCAAAGCAUACGGCGAGAUGGCCACAGUCCUCGGUGGACCGCAGGGCCUCAUGCAGUGGAUGAUGCUGUCCAACGGAACGUAUCAGCAGCUCGCCAACGCGAACGCGAAGGCAAUCCAGGGCCUGCAGCCGAAAAUCAAUGUCUGGAACACUGGAGCGCAGGGCGCAGAUGGCUCGGUGGAUGCCACGGCGCCGAUUAGGAACCUCUUCCAAAGUCUGCCGCCCCUGCUGUCGACGAUCCAUGAUCAGACUGGCAUGGCGCCGCCGAGCUGGUUGGCGCAAAUGCCACAACAGCAGAAUCUGGAUCCGAAAAUAUCGGAGCAGUUUGCGCUGAGGAAUGGCAGCGAGACUUCAUAGGAGAGAUGAAGGCGCGCGUGGGUCGAGUAAUGGUAGGUGAUGCAUGCGUCAUGGAUGAUUUACCCAGGAGUUUGGAUAGACCAGCGCUGUUUCUUUAGAUGUCAGCUAUCUUGUGUUUUAGCAUGGCUCUCAAUGUACUCCAUGAUC